CACAGCACACCUGUUUCUUUAUGGAAGGCUUGAUGCAUUGCUCGAAGCACAGCCCCAUUUAUGCAGUGCGUUUUGUAAAGCGUGGUUUCGUGGAGGGGUUGAGGACGGUGGAGCUGGAAAGGGAGGUGGGGGUAACGGCCCGAGCUGGCAAACAUCCUUAAAAUUAAAGCCGAGCUUUUCGUUCCUUGGUGUUAUUGCAAGCUGCCUUUAUAAUUCGGCUAUCAACAUGAUUAAGUUGUUUUCUCUAAAGCAACAGAAGAGAGACGAAACAGGACAGUCCCCCUCAAGCUCGAAAAGGCUGUCGGCUGCUCAGCUCAGAGUAACAAAAGAUAUCAAUGAGCUAAACCUUCCGAAGACGUGCCAGACGGAGUUUCCUGACCCCGACGACCUGCUCAACUUCAAGCUGAUCAUAUGCCCUGACGAGGGCUAUUAUAGGGGAGGCCGCUUCGUGUUCAGCUUCAAGGUGGGCCCCAGCUACCCCCACGAGCCUCCGAAAGUGAAAUGUGAUACAAUGGUUUACCAUCCUAACAUUGACCUGGAGGGCAACGUCUGCCUCAACAUUCUGCGAGAGGACUGGAAGCCGGUGCUCACCGUGAACUCCAUAGUGUACGGACUACAGUACCUGUUUCUGGAGCCAAACCCAGAGGACCCUCUUAACAAAGAGGCAGCCGAGGUACUGCAACACAACCGGCGGCAGUUUGAGCAGAACGUCAACAAGUCAUUACGCGGCGGCUACGUCGGCACGGUGUACUUCGAACGCUGCGCCAAAUAGACCGCCGGUGGCGCCGCCGCUCAGCGGCCGCACGUGAUACAGACUGCUGACGCGCCACUGGGCAGCGCGCGCGCGCGUGUCUGGGACGCAUGGACGCCCAGUGGCCAGUGCUGUUGUGACCCGGCCGGGCGGUAGUGUCGGGGCAGGCCGACCCGGCCGGGCGGAGCCGUGGGCCGCGCCAGUGCAGUGUCGGCGGCGCGGCCCACGGGACUGGCGCACGCGCUAGGGGCGUGGCGUCACGUCCAAAUCUAGGAUGAAUCUACUUUCGUAAUGGAGUGUCACGUCGUUCUGCCUGAUUUCGCGCUUUCGAUGCGAUUUUACAAAGGCUUUCUGCUUCCUCAUGAUUUGGUGUCGAGGGGGCCGCCUAGCCUCGUGGACGUUAUUAACGUUAUGACACCCUUUCCUGACUUCUGGGCAAUGGGUAAAUUGAUGAGUUAAGAGCAAUGUAAUAUACAGAUGAUGGAUACGUA